UUGAAUCAAGCCCCCCCGCCAGCUACAACCACCAAUACCGAUAUCCUCGAUUAUUAUGCAAAUGCGCCCCAACUUCUUUUCCCAACCCCCUCGGAACUUCUUACAGACCUUUCAACGCCGUCUGCUCCAAUCUCCGCAACUCUCUCCUCGUCAUUGUCUCACCCGACACAGCGCGAGCAGUCUCAAAGCAGUGAACGUAGGCAAUCAGGCUCCUGCCUCCGCUGCACCUAACACAAGUAAGACAGAGAGUCAACGCAAGGCCCGGCAACGUGCCGUUGCUGAAGAGAUAGGUUUUAUUCCUACCGAUCCAGAUACUAUUUCGUCACACGAGAAAAAACGCCACUAUCUAGAAUGUCUCGAGCAUUAUGUUCUGUAUUUACACGAGCAGCUGCGUCUCGUCAACACAGCUCCGCUUGACCUCGAGCGCGUUUCUACCUACCGGGGUCUGAGCUCUCGCAGCAUCAGAACGUUGCUCGUGCACAUGCAGAACACAAACCGCCGUCUUCAUGAAAAUACGCUGGAAGAAGAGCAGGUGUUUUUGAAUCUCUCCACCGAAGUAAUGGCGGCGCACGGAGCAGGCUUUCCCAUGCGACGACAUUCGGUUGAUGUCAUCGACCAUACAGCUAUCAGCUACCCAUCUGACUCCGCAAAUAUCGGUGCUACUACUACUGGUACCAGAGAUGGUGAUCGUGUAUUUUUGGGAACCGGCAUAUCGUUGAGCGGUGUUGACCAACGUCAGCUCACCUCAGAGUAAUACAGAUAACAGAUUGCCGUUCAGCCUUCUCCAUAGCAUAUUUUUCCGGUCAAGUUCCCACCUCAUAAAAUCCCCCCUGCUCUUGCGAGACUUCCCUCGCAUUGAUUUCUUUUGUAUUUCCUUAACCGCAUCGUUCACUUAUGAUUCAGCAGUUACAGUUUUUUUUCUGGUUCCUUCGACAGUUUCCAUGUGGCUGUUUACUAGGAGACCCUCAGAUGUAUUUAGAUAUGAACUUUGCGGGCAACCCCACCCGUCGAGGAAAUCUG